AGCAGCGUCCGACUGAGGUGUGUCCGAGAGCCCCGAGCGCGGCUGUGAGACCUCCAGUGCCGGUUGGUGAGCGUUCGCCGGGGAUGGUGCAGACAGGCCCAGACGAUCCCAAACGGCGCCAGGUGGCCCUUGAGAGCUCUUCCAGCCUUAUUUUUCAGUGGUUUGUGGUUAUCAGGCUGUCGCUAGAGAAGAAAUCUCUGUACCUGUUUCCUUUAGGACAGGGUUCUUAACCUUUUUAGACUCAACCCACCCCCGUUAGACUCAAAGCCGCCCUCGGAUAAUGCUAGCUUAGUUCUCGCUCCUUUUUUGACUGCAAUUUUUCCGUUGCAAAGAACUCCAGAAGAUGGCAACAGAAUGAAUCCCAGGAACAGACGCGCAGGCAUGCAACGGUCCACUAGAAGCAUUGAUGUAGAAUGGAAAAUUGCACCUUCUAUUUUCUGAAGCUUCCUCCUCGUUGGACUAUCCUAUACCAAUCAUAUGUAGAAAAAAAAAAGUAGAGAAGCUGAGAGGGCUAAUAUUUCUAUAUACACAUUGUUUGAUUUCACCUUUAGUUCUGAGUGCCCUUGAAGAAGCGGAGUAUGCUCUAGGCCUAAUGUAAAAUUGUCCACAUUUACAGUUGUGACCUAGUAGCUAGCACCUUGCCCUCCACUAUGGGCAGUUCUUGGUCUUCCUAACUAGCUUUCCAGGACUGUGAUCCACAUAUAAAUAUGUAAAUGUUCCUUGAAUAGACAAAUCUAUCUGGUUGAUGAUAAAAGAACUGCCCCUUAAUCCAGUUUUAUCAAGUGAUAUUAUUUAGCAUCUAAGGGCAACUUGGGGCCUAUUUACCAGUGAGCCAUGAGAGGAAUCGGCUAAACCUGGAACCUUAAAUUGGAGAAAACUUGCUUAUGAAUUAUAUAUCCCUUAAUACCCCUUUAUACAGUCUUGUCACUGACUUCUUUAAUGAAGGGGAGGAUUAAUAAGGAGUUCUUAAAUCUGCCAGUUAUCCAAGGGAAUCCCCACUCGUGGAAACAGAGCCGGAACACUAAAGUAGGUUAGUGAAGUGAACCAUUAAGGGCAAGAAUGGAAAGCUGACUGUGAUCACAGCCCCUGCCGCUAUCCUGUGCCAGGGCACAAGUCUAAGUCAUUCCACAGAGCUUCCACAGCUCAACAGUAGUUACAGCCCACCUGAAUUAAUCUGCAAGUGUUUGUGUGAUAAAUAGAAAAUCAAGUGAAGAGUUAUUUUCAGUUAUCCUCAAAGGUAUCUUCUUUUGUCUUAAUAUUCUCAUUAUUUUUAGUGUCCCAUGGAAAAAAACCUUAUAAAAUGAGAUCAUUGGGUCCAGUGUCACGGUACUUUCUGUUUUGUUGGCUGUCAUGAAAGAGUUCUUGGGAAGGAGACUCCCCGGCCCUGAGCCUUACACCGCUUCUCUAAAAUUUACAGUUUCCCUAUUCUGCAAAAGCAAGGAACAAAUCAAUCUUGAUCUGUGUAUCAGUAAUAGUAGGAGGAUAAUUAUCUGGGUCCUCAGAGUCCUCCUAUCUUAUAACCAUCUCAGUCACGAAGCUCUGGAUGAUGUUAGCAAGAAUGAAACAUGAAAGCUCAGUCAUAAACUUUGAAGCAUCUUCACUGAAGACAGGUUUGUGGAAGACUGCAUACAUAUGUGGGCCCAAGGAUGGUGCAAGUCGGUGACAUCUGAGCAGGAUUUUAUUCUGGUGAAAGGCAUGAGUCCAAGAGCAGUAAAAGAAUGAAACACCAUGUAUCCACAACAUGCAGAACAUGGGCAGUUGCAAGUGCAGGCUUCUUCCAUGCUCUCUCCUUGGAAUGCACCUCAGCUGCUUUCUGAAGAAAGCCCCUUUACAUCUGAAAGCAGAUACUGCACUACUGCUCCACCACCGCAAGAGGGACAUAAAAGGACGGUCAAUGCAGCCUCAGAAGUAAACCAAGAGAGCAGCUUUAUGGAGCUUUCUCUGCGGACUAGCUGCCAGAAAUGACGUCCACCCUAGUCCAGCAUCAGAGAAUAAGAACUUCAGAGGAAGGAAUGCGACUUCAUAAAUAGCAAACCACAGCCACUAAUGGGGAGCAGAAGCAGACCUGCAGGUUAACAGACUGUGCAGAAGCCCACACGUCCAUGCCGCGCAGAGAUUCCAACAUGAUCGCAACUCUAGCCUUCGCUUUCCUCCUGAGCCUCUGUUCUUUUACAUCAAGUCAGAUGACAAGUGUUGGAGGAGGCGAUGUUGGGCCCCAGAUGCUGGCUGAGAUGAGAGAGACGAACAGGGUGCUGCUGGAAGUCAGAGACUUGCUGAAGCAGCAGAUCAAGGAGAUAACAUUCCUGAAGAAUACGGUCAUGGAGUGUGAUGCCUGUGGCAUGCACACAGAGGUGACUGGCCCAGGGAUCAGCAUGACGGCAUUCAACAGAUGCGUGCCAAACCCUUGUUUCCCCGGCGUUACCUGUACCCAGACCAGCACCGAACCUGGCUUCCGCUGUGGAGGCUGCCCUCCAGGAUAUACAGGCAAUGGGACACAUUGCACAGACAUCAAUGAGUGCUCUGUCAAUCCCUGCUUCGCCAAAGUCCACUGCACCAACACAGCACCUGGCUACCGUUGUGACCCCUGCCCUCCUGGUUACUCUGGCCAGCCUGUGGAAGGGGUUGGACUACCCUUUGCCAGAGCCAACAGACAGGUUUGCACUGACAUCAACGAGUGCGAGACGCCUGGCGCCACCACCUGCGUCCCCAACUCCAUCUGCAUCAACACCCGGGGAUCCUACAAGUGUGGGGCUUGUAAGCCUGGCUUCAUUGGGGACCAAGUCACUGGGUGCAGAAGCCAGACACAGAGACGUUGUCCUAACGGGGAACUCAGCCCAUGCCAUGAGAAGGCUGAGUGCAUCGUGGAGCGCGAUGGGAGCAUCUCUUGUGUGUGCAUCGUAGGGUGGGCAGGGAAUGGCUACAUCUGCGGGAAGGACACCGACAUCGAUGGGUUCCCUGAUGAGAAGCUGCGCUGCACAGACCGCAAGUGCCGCAAGGACAACUGCCUGACCGUCCCCAACUCUGGCCAGGAGGAUGCAGACAGGGAUGGCAUUGGCGAUGCAUGCGAUGAUGAUGCGGAUGGAGACGGGAUAUUAAAUACUGAGGACAACUGUGUCUUUGUGCGCAAUACGGACCAGCGCAAUGCAGACAAGGACAGCUUUGGUGACGUCUGUGACAACUGCCGGAACGUGAAGAACAACGACCAGCGGGACAUUGACAGCGAUGGGAAGGGCGACGAGUGUGACGACGACAUGGAUGGAGACACGAUCAAGAAUGCAGUGGACAACUGUAAGAAGAUCCCUAACCCUGAUCAGAAGGACAGUGAUGGGGACGGCGUAGGCGAUGUGUGUGACAGCUGCCCAACCGUCAGCAACCCAGACCAGAAAGAUACAGACCAUGACCUUGUGGGAGAUGUCUGUGACACCAACCAGGACCAAGAUGGGGACGGCCACCAGGACUCGCGAGACAACUGCCCCACAGUGCCCAACAGCUCCCAGCAGGACACUGAUGGUGAUGGGGUUGGAGACGAGUGUGAUGACGAUGACGAUAAUGACGGCAUCCCUGAUACCAAACCUCCAGGCCCUGAUAACUGCCGGCUGGUCCCCAACCCUGGCCAAGAGGAUACAGAUGGUGAUGGCGUGGGGAACCUGUGUGAAGAUGACUUUGACAGUGACAGGGUGAUCGACAGAAUCGACGUGUGCCCAGAGAACGCGGAGGUGACGCUGACAGACUUCAGGGCUUUCCAGACUGUUGUGCUGGACCCAGAGGGUGAUGCACAGAUUGACCCCAACUGGAUCGUCCUCAAUCAGGGCAUGGAAAUCGUCCAGACCAUGAACAGCGACCCCGGCCUGGCUGUGGGUUACACUGCAUUCAACGGCGUGGAUUUUGAAGGCACCUUCCACGUCAACACUGCUACGGAUGACGACUAUGCUGGCUUUAUAUUCGGCUAUCAGGACAGCGCCAGCUUCUACGUUGUCAUGUGGAAGCAGAUGGAGCAGACCUACUGGCAGGCGAACCCUUUCCGAGCAGUAGCUGAGCCUGGCAUUCAGCUGAAGGCCGUGAAGUCUAAAACGGGCCCAGGCGAGUAUCUCCGCAAUUCCCUGUGGCACACGGGAGACACCACCGACCAGGUUAAACUGCUGUGGAAAGACCCUCGCAACGUUGGCUGGAAGGACAAGACCUCUUACCGCUGGUUCCUCCAGCACCGGCCCCAAGUUGGCUAUAUCAGAGCUCGCUUCUACGAAGGCCCCGAAAUGGUAGCGGACACCGGUGUGGUCCUUGAUACAACCAUGCGAGGGGGUCGCUUGGGCGUCUUCUGCUUCUCGCAGGAGAACAUCAUCUGGUCAAACCUGCGCUACCGUUGCAAUGACACCAUUCCAGGAGAUUACGAGACAUUCCAGACCCAGCAGAACCAGCACAGGGUUUAAGUUUGUCCGAAACUUGCUUUAAAAAAAGUGCUCAGCUGCCAACUCUUGCCUCUCUGAUAUACUGAACCAAGAACUGUAAGUACCACUGCGCUCUGCACAGCACCAGGUGUCACUGCGUAGCUGGCCUCUUCCCCACAGCAGCAACUCUCUGCUAUGCAAGUCUGUUGGAAUUGCAGACGGGUAGAGUUCAAGCGUGAAUAGAAGCCAAAAUGACUAUGCUGGUAGCACUAGCUCUCCACCACGUGGACACAGAUGUGCAGAGGGAGGAGCUACCUGCAGUGGCUGGAACUGUGCGAGUGCGUAGCAUGGAUGGGUUUCCUGGCAUGUUCCCCCACUCGGUGGCUCUGAAGUUCCUUUCCUUCUCUGUGUUCAGUCGAGUCUUACUGCCAGAAACACGCACGCGGCGGUGGGGCCGGGGGCUGCACUGCUCACAGAACAUGAAACACACUUUAUGAGGGCACCUUUGUUCUGGAAUGUUUGGAUAAUAAACGAUCUCAUACUUCCCCUUGA